AUGACCAUGAAAACGUAUAUCCAGUCAGCGAAGACUUUAUCCCCGGAAAAUAACGCUCAAGAUAAAACGCCGGGAUGGCGACCAUGUUAUCUCCGAAGGCGAGUGUUGGUUCUUUUCACCAUCUCCCUCUGCACAAUCAUAGCGACUCUGGAAACCCUCAACCAAUUCUCUCAAACUCACAAUGGCAUCGCAUCUUCGGUUGAAAGUCGCCACUACUUUUGGACCUAUGGACCUACUGCGAUACUUACCAUCGUUGCCUUGUUUUGGUCGCGCGUCGAGUUCCAAGCGAAACAAAGUGCGCCGUGGUACUCUAUGCUUCAUGGACCUCAACAAGCGGAGAAUAGUGUGCUCUUGGACUACAUAUCUGAGAUGCAACCUGUGUCCAUAUGGAGAGCCUUGAAGAACAAGCAUUUCAUCGUCGCUGCUGGCGUCACUUUGUCAAUACUUCUCCGCCUUCUCGUCGUUUUCUCCACUGGUCUUUUUCGCUGCAACAAGUUCAACUCUACACUGGAUGGCUUUGGGUUGCAGGCAUACGACAUUCUCAACGGUGUUCUUUUCCAGGACGUCCCCUUUCCCGAGGGCUCAACUGCAAAUUUUGCAUUUCAGGAAUUCUCCGUCUCGGAUCUUCCGUCUGAUGCGAAUAUCACCGUACCAACUCAAGGUUUAAUGUCAGAUUUGGACUGUGAUAUUGCCGAUGUAACGGUUAAAAGCUGGCCGCCAGCCAUGUUCAGCCCUCCAUCAGUUCUUGUCGACCUAGCUACUCCAUCAUGCAAAGUCUCAAACGUAACACUAGAUUUGACGGCCAAUGAUGCACCAUUUGGAGCGGGGAUUCAGGUAGGGCAGUGCGACAAUACAAGUGGCCCUGGAGGGAAGCGCGUCGUGGCCACUAGCCAAGAAGCCUUGAUCGUUAAGACCAAAGCUGAAGACAAAAUGCCGUCCAAUAACACAUUGCGUCGCUCUGUUGCACUAAUAUGCAAACCGUCCCUCUUAUCCCUGACCCUUAAGGCGGAAGUCAAGGCAUCCGAAUCAUCAUCGAAAGCUCGUUUCGAAACUCUUGGCUUUCAAAAUGCGACUCUGUCGGGUCUUAUAGCUGCUGACCUGGUUGACCCGGUGAUCCGUGGCUUCAGAAACAGCAAAGGCUUCAGAGCCAUUGAAAAACACCUAAGAAUUGGAGCGAAAUAUGAGGUUCAAUCGCAAGUGGCACUUGGCAUGUGGCUGACAGGAGCAACCUCCAAGCUUGAACCACUCUUCGAGGUUGAUGUGCUUGAGAACGUAACCGUGUCAUAUUACCGCGCAAUGGCCGCGCAGCUUCUGCAUCUGGGAUCUCAAAAACAGAAAGCGACAUCAUAUGGCAACGCAACUGUACAUGAGAAUAGAGUGCUGAUAUCGCAGCUACCCCUUCGAGUGAUGGAAGUCUCUCUCUCAUUGGGGGUCCUUCUGCUGGGUUGCAUGAUUUUCCUUGUGUCUUGUGAGACAUUGGCUCAAUGGAACCCAAGUUACAUCUCUUCGAUUGUAGCAAUCCUAGCCAAUAGCGAGGAUCUCCGGAAAUCUGUCGGCAGCACCGGGGCAGCAAGCAUGGAGGAUAUUCAUGCUCGUCUAGCUGGUCGACGCUACUAUUUGCAAAGCACACCUCGGGGCACUGCAAUUCUAGACACAACGGAUGAUUACAAUGAGGCCAACUUGAAUUCUACAUCUGAUUACGUCGCAUGGAAGCCAUUUCCAGGUCUAGCUUGGCGGGCUUCUGGCUUUGCCAUAAUCGCUAUGAUCAUUGCAGCCUUGGAGAUCGUCCUAUAUCGCUCGCAGGCAGAGAACGGCAUAGGAGAUAUUUCAUUCAAUGAAUACGUGCACUACCUGUGGACAAUUAUUCCUGCAAUGAUUAUGGUUUCAAUAAGUAUGUUCUACUCGACCAUUGAUUUCAAUACGCGGUGUCUUGCACCAUACGCUCGCUUAAAACAGUCUACUGGUGCCAAGAUCAAAAACUCCUUAGAAUUGAGCUUUCUGGACUCUCUCGGACUGCAUAAUAUCUUUCUUGCAAUUCGAUCAAGGCAUUUUGCGGUGCUGGCAACGACAUUGGCGACUGGAGCCGCCUUCUUUCUGACCAUCAUCACCAGCGGCUUAUACUCAGCCACUGACAUCCCUCGACAUAUCAACUCAACCUUUAUACAGAAUGGCAGCUUUCCAAGCCCUAAAGCCAUUGCGCCAGCUCCUCUGUACACAGACGAAUACGGUGAGGUCACGGGAAUUGUCACUGCGAAAUACAUUCUCCAAGACAACCUGACAUUUCCGAGUUGGACAUGGGACGACCUUGCGCUCCCGGAAAUAUUACCACACGAUCUUUUGGGUCCGAGCAGGGCCAUGGAAAGCUCUUAUGUAGACAUCAAAGUGCCUGCACUGAGGGCUGCUCCUUCCUGUCAGCUCCGGACAAUCGCAGAGCUGAAUCCAAACAUUACGGUGGAAGAUGGUUCGACCGACAAAUAUAUGCUGACGGUCAAUUUGCCCUAUCUGUUUUGCUCAAAUAACAGAACAAAAACGAAUCACACGCAAAUGGUGUUCAGCGGGAAACAACUUCAAUCCCAACACUUCGGAUACUCGGUAUAUUACGCAUGUUUGCCAGAAAACCUCUAUCUUCCUUCUCCCACUCGCUGGAUGAAUUCGUACAUCUGGGGCCAGUUGAGCAAUACAUCCGUUAAGACUAUUAUGGCUAUCACGUGCAUGCAAUACGCAGAAACAGUCGACGCUUCAGUACGCUUGAAGUUGCCAGGACUAGAAAUUACCGAAAACCACCCCCCAAUACCCGACGAGUCAACCGCAAAACUGGUUCCAGAUGUGUACGUGCCGAUUUCUGAGUGGUGGGUCCUGGGUGAUCGCGAAUCAUACCCCAUGACAGACGCUUUCUUCCAUUUCCUGAUUACUGGAAAGUACGGCAUUCCAAUUGAAGACCUUGGAGCUCCUGAACAAAGCGAAAAGGUCAUCAAAGCAAUAAAGCGCCAGAUAGGACUCAUUACCGCGCAGCAAUUUAACUCCUACUCUCGUGGCACAUCGAAUGAAACAACAGCUCGAGCAAGAGUGGUUGGGAAUAUCACGGUGCCCAAUCGACUGCGACUGGUUCAAGAUGCGACUUCAACGCGGAUUCUGGAAGGAAUCCUUGCAGCUAUGCUGGUAUUGGGUAUACUAGGCUCCGUGAUGAUGAAUACGGACAACGUUUUGCCUAAGAAUCCAUGCAGUAUUGCAGCUGUUGCAAGUCUCUUGGCAGAUUCAAAUCUUAUAGACCGACGUGCGUUGGAGAUGAUGGAUACAAGCGCCAAGCCCCUCCAAUCCGGGCUUUUCAGCCAAUGCUAUGCGUAUUUAGGCUGGAGGGAUGAAAAAAAUAGCCCUGGGUCAUCGAAAGUAGGCGAGGACGUCGGAAGCAGCGGCAAGUUCAUGAUAUACAUUGAAUCGGAAGAUGAAUCUCGCGAAUGGAACAUGUUUUAG